UACACGAUGUCUAUUUUACUAGUGACUUCAUUACUUGUUAGUUCUGUCUGGUGCCAAAAUGAGGGACUUUUGGGGUGGCAUCUGAAAGUUGGAAUAAAAGAAGCUCAGAGAAUUAGGGAAGCUGAAAAUGCACGUCACUUGUUACCUUUCAUCGUGGGCGGAACCGUAGCACCGGUGAACUCACAUCCUUACUUAGCCGGGUUACUCAUAGAUGUUAUCGGAUUAAAUAACCCAUCGGCUUGCGGCGGAUCUCUUCUGACGAAUACAAGAAUUUUAACAGCAGCGCAUUGCUGGAGUGACGGGAGAUUUCAAGCAUGGAGAAUGACUGCUGUACUGGGCUCACCGUAUUUAUAUUUCGGUGGAACUAGAAUACAAUCAUCUACAAUAGCUAUACACCCUGACUAUCAACCUCAAACUUUAGCUAAUGACAUUGCAAUGCUGUAUCUACCAGUUAGGGUGUCUUUCGGCAGCACAAUUCAACCCAUUGGCAUACCAGCCAAGUCAUUUGCAAAUUUUGAUUUCACUGGUAUGUGGUUACAAGCUUCAGGAUACGGAAGAUAUUCAGAUUUAUCAAAUCCAACUACGAACACUCAAGUUAGAAACAUUUUCCUUGAAGUUAUAUCUCUGAGGCAGUGUAGAUCAAUUUUUGGAAGUAUUGUUUUGGAUUCUAAUAUUUGUACCAGUGGAACAGGAGGAGUCGGAAUAUGUCAAGGAGAUUCAGGAGGGCCCCUUACGGUUAAUAUUCGUGGUACAGACGUCGUCAUCGGUGUCAGUUCAUUUGUAGCUUACGACGGCUGCGAAUUAGGUUUUCCUUCGGCUUUUGCAAGAGUAACCAGUUAUUUCGACUGGAUAAUAAUGCAUACAUAAUUUUUUUAUUUUAUUUCUAUAUUAGAAAAUAGAUAACACAAUUAUAAAAUAGAUAAUAUUUCAUAUAAGC